UUUUCCAUAGAAAAAAUAAUCAUAAACUACAUAAGUAUAGGCGUAUAGUAAGUAGUAAAACUCCAAAAGACGCUGACGGUGACGGUGCCCAACAGCCCAACUCAUACGCAAAUUCAAUUCCUUUAGACUCUCAUACGCAAAUUCCAAAGCUCGAAUUGCAGAUAAGAUUUUGGAAUUUGCCUGGCUUAAACAUAACUGACUGAAGAUCAUGGAAUCAUCUUCAGUAAUAACUCCGGACGAUGUUUUGGUGUCUCUCAUGAAUGAUGGUACUAUUGAUGCUCUGAGGUUGAAGAUUAUCAAUCAGCUUAAAGCUAAUGAGGACCUGAAGAAAACAACAAUAACAAUGGUGGAACAGAGCAAGGUUCUCAACACACCUGGAGCAGAAAAGCAGACCAAAAGGGAGCUCUUUGAUUCUUUGCGUCAGGAACUUGAAGCGCCUGUGCUUGAGAAGGCGUCUAAGUCAGUAUGGAAUGUAAUUUUGGAUGACAAUGGACUAGGGAAGGAAAUUAGUGAAACCGUUGAGAGAGUCUUUUGCCGAUUAAGUGGUCGUGAUCCUCCUUUGUUUCCUGCUUCAGUAAGUGAGGCCGAGCAGCAGGAAAAAGAGCAGGACGAAAAUCCAGCUUCUGCUUUGAAGAAAAGAAGUUUCAAUGAGAUGAAUGAAGGAAUAGAGAAAGUAGAUGUAGGAUCUGAUGGUACCCGCGCCACAUCGGAGGAUAGAAAUCCUAUUACUAACACAAAAACUUGAAAGUGAGUUUAAGUUCCCACUUGUACAAUAGGGUUAGAUCAGAGUUUUAUAUUGAGCUGUGCCUCUAAUCGUUUGAUACUCGAGUAUGUGAUAGGCUUGUAACAUACUCUCUAUAUUUUUGGUUCCAGCAGGGUGGUAUACUGAUCACAUUUUUAGUUGAAGAAGGCUGUUCCUUGAAGUGUAUCAAUGUUUUACCAAGUGGAUAUUCGUAUUGACCAAUAUCAAGAAUCUAAUGUAAACAUUUUGUAUCA